GCUGGAGGGAUGGGCACCUCCAGGCAUGAAGCCGCCCAGUGGUGAACGCGCACAAGGUGGCGCUGUGCAAGGCUCAGGUGCACAAGGUGAAGGUGCACAAGGUAACGCCUAUCCUGGGAUGUAUCUCAUGGUUGAGGAUGUGCAUGGGCAUGAGGCUGCAUCAAGGACCUGUGGCAGCUGCCCAUCAUCCCAUGGAAUGGGAAGACUCCAACAGCAGCAACGGCAGCAGCGGCCAAAGGCAACAGCAGGAGGAGAUGCAACUGCACCAACUGAUGGGGUCCUGGAAGCAGUCAAGAAAGUGCAGCAGCAGCAGACACAUGGUGAGGUGCUUGCUGGUGUGGAUGCGAGUGCGGCAUGGGCUAAGGCUUCAUCAAAGAGUGGAGAGGCCGAUUGGGAGACAUGGCAUGAGAGGCUGUGUCAUGUGAACUUCCCUAUGCUGCAAAAGUUGGUGAAGGAUGGGAGCCUGAAAGGGCUUGGAGCUGUGAACAUGCUGAGGGCAUUUGGGUGCAUGGUGGUGUUUCAUGUGCCUAAGGAGAAAAGGGGGAAGCUGGAGGCUUCUGGAAGAUGGGGUGUGCACUUGGGGAUUGCAAAGGAUCACAAGGGGUGGCUGCUAUGGGACUUGACCACCCAGAAGUUGACAGUGUCAAGGGAUGUGAAGUUUCUUGAGUCCCUGUACUACAAGGAAUGGAAGCAGCAGCAACAGAAGCUUCCAUCUAUACCGCUCAUUCGUCCUAGGAGGGAUGUGCGCCCUCCAGUGAGGCUGACCUAUGGGGGAAGAGGCAAGCCGAAUGUGGUGCAGGCUGGGAGUGUGGUUGAGCAGAUUGAGGAAGAUGAGAUCGCUCACUGCUACUGGGCACCAAUCCCUGAGCCCAAGACUCGAGAAGAGGCCUUGAAUGGACCAGAUGGGGAGAAGUGGAAGGCGAGUGAGGAUGAGGAGUUCGGGUCCCUGAUUGAGAACGAGACAUGGGACCUGUGUGACUUGCCUCCUGGAAAGAAGGCAAUCACUUCCAAGAUGAUCUACAGGCACAAGUAUGGACCUGAAGGGGAGCUGACCCGCUACAAGUCUAGGCUUGUGGCACGGGGGUUUCAGCAGACAAAAGGGAAGGACUAUGAUGAGGUGUUUGCUCCUGUGGGGAAAGGAACACACUGAGGGUGCUGUUGGCGAUAGCUGCACUCCUGGGAUGGAAGAUACGGCAGAUGGACAUUGUGACUGCCUUUCUGAAUGGGAUCAUUCUGGAGGAGGUGUACAUGAAGCAGCCAGAGGGGCUGAAUGAUGGGAGCGGCAGGGUCUGCAGGCUGAAGAAGGCAAUCUAUGGCCUUAAGCAGGCGCCUCGUGCAUGGUAUCACAAGUUGGAGGAGGCGCUGGUGGCUGGGGGUUUCAAGAAGAGUGAGUGUGACCCCAGCCUGUUCCUGCUGCAGGAGAAGGACGAAAUCCUCAUGCUCUUGGUGUAUGUGGAUGAUAUCCUUCUCUUUU